AAGAUCGCAAACAGAGCAAUCAUGACAUCUGAAAUAGAAUGGCGGAGGAAAUGGAAGCCUGAUCUUGGUUCGUGUCCUUGGCAAGCAAUAGAGGUUGAAGGAAUUAAAUAUCUUAUCAAGUUUAGGUUCACUGAGAACUCCUAUGAGAUCCUUAUCACAGAUCUGGUCCAUUUCUGGUAUGAGGAACUAGAGGACAUAGCCCUUAGGAAAAGGAUACAGAAAUUGAAUCCUAGCAUAGAGGCAUCAUUAACUAGGAUUCUGGAUCAGAUUAGGAGUAGUAUUGAAUUUCCAGAAAGGGAGACAACCUUGUCCGUUGGUUUUAAGUCUUCAAGUGGUGAAGAUAACCAGGAAAAAAUUAUGUUGAAGAUCACCUCUCAGUUGGCAGGAAUGCCUUUUGUGUGGAACUUCAUUGCCAAUGUGGCUGACAGUGAGAUGGUAUCAGAAAACCUUAUAAUACCAUUGAUGGGUAUGGUCUGUGAGUUGACACGACGGCAGAAGGAACUUGUCAAGGUUGUCCAAAAUAAAGACAAGGAAAUAGAUGAUUACAAAUCUCAGGGUGUGAAGACCUCAAGAAAACACAUUGAAACUAAGAGUUUUGUGGAGACAGCUUUUGAAAAUGAGAUGUUGAUGUCAAAGAUGUUUGAAAACUCUGUAAAAUCUCUUGGGAGUACAGCAUUCGAUGAAGCUGGCCAAGAUCUAUACAGACAAAUCAUGACAAAAUAUGCUUGGAUCAACAGAUCGCCCACAAAAGAGGACGACAACAAUGAAGAGUUUGAUGAUGAGAGUUUGGGUGAUGUAGCUGAGAGGAAGGGGUCAUCUGGUCCAUCAUGGGGGUCAAAUCGGCUCCCACCAUCCAUUACUGGUCCAAAGAGUGUGUCUCCCGACAAAGUCCGUCCAAAAACAAGUCCUGCAAAGAGUCCAAAGAGUUCUGCUUCCAACACACCUGAGGGGUCGCCAGUAAAGGACUCUGAGUAUCUACGCAGACAAGCCCUAGAGAGAAGACUGGAACAGGAAGAAAUGAAGAAACAUGAAAAGUCAAAAAAGAAGAAGAAAAUUGCUUUCUGACCUCAUUCAUUUAAACCUAAUUUUUGAUGGAUGUAGUGUUAUAUGAGAUAGUGUUAGAGACUCAUCUCAUGAACAAAUAACAUUUGUGGAAACAUUUCUACCAAAAUUACCUCACUUCAGCAUGCACCAUCGUUUUUCAUCAACAUUUAGAUUUGACCAGUGACAUGCCUCAUGACCAAUUCUUUGUGAUGGGAUCAUGAAAAUAUUUGAAUGGAACAUAAAAGUGAUUUAAUAUUGCAAUUUCACUUGCAAAACGACUUGAAAAGACUGAUGACAACCACAACAGUUACAUUAACCCCUAUUUAUACCACAGAUAACUAUACCAUUGAUAUUUGUGUACAUUAAGGAUUCGUUGAGUUGUGUCACUGUUAAUGUGUAUGUAUUUAUGUAAUUUUAAUAUUGUCUUUAGAAAAUGAAAUAGUUUUUUCUAGAUAAAAUAUACAGUAUAGAAGAUAUUUUUGA